AUGAAGUGGAGGUCAAUGUUCAGCCGCGACCGCGACGGUGCUACUCGCAUGGUUGACGAAGCUAGCGCUCUGUUGCCAACCCACGGCGAUCACAUCCCCAGCGCCGUGCCUGCCAGAGAAGUCACCAAGAUCGCCUUACGUCUCAAACACCAGAUCGAACAAGUCAUCCCCUGUGAGCUCGAGGAGGAUAGAGUCACCGCUGCUCAUUCCAAUGUCAUCACCCCAGCUGUCAUUGCAACCGCCCGCGCUGCUGGCAAGCAUGGUCGAUCCGGCUCUUCCGACGAUGAUUACUCUGCUUGUGUCGUCUUUUGCUUGCUGAUUUGCAAGAAAUGGUUCAAGCGACAGGCUCUGCUGGAGCUCUGGGACGCCGACAUGCAUCAAGUUCGUGCCGUUGCCUGUGAGGUGAUCGCCAAGCAAAUCAUCGAGACCGAAGAGGACGCUGGCUUCUUGCUGCAAAGCAUUCUUCUCAAGAGAUACAGCAUUGUCAUCGACGGAGAGGAAACCGCUCCUAACAAUGUUAUUGAGAAGGCUGUCGACUUACACGCUCUCAGAGUCAUUGGAAGCUCGGGCUACCAGAAGUGUGUAACGUACCUCUGGCGCGGUUGGUUGGUUCAAGACGAGGACGACCCUACUCGCUUUGUCGACUACAAGCUGAAGACCUCGACAAGUUACUGGGACCAUCUUGAUCCCGACCGUAUGCGCGCUCCUCUUUACCAGAACGCGCUCCAAGUCUUUGUCAGUCUGCUUUACCUCGGAUUCUACACUGGUGCUAUCAACACCAUCAAUCCUUCUGGUGAUCUCGAUAUCAUUGAAGGUCUGCUCUACAUCUUCACCCUCGGUUUUGUCUGCGACGAGCUCUCCAAGUUCUGGAAAGUCGGCAAAUACUACUUCGGCUUCUGGAACUCCUUCAACAACACUCUCUACGCCCUGUUGACUGUCUCGUUCGUUACCAGAAUGAUUGCUCUCGGCCAUCACAUCGGAACCGACGAGAGGAACAGAUUCAACGAGCUCAGCUACAACUUUUUGGCUUUCAGUGCGCCCAUGUUCUGGUGCCGUCUGCUGCUCUACUUUGACACUUUCCGCUUCUUUGGUACUAUGCUCGUCGUGCUCAAGGUCAUGAUGAAGGAGUCACUCAUCUUCUUCGCCCUCUUGUUCUUCGUCAGCAUCGGAUUCUUGCAAGCAUUCAUUGGUCUGGAUCAAGAAGACGGCAAAUUGGAUGCCACAAACUUUGUGGUGCAAGCCAUGAUCAACGCCGUCAUGGGCAGUCCCGAGUUCGACGGCUUCGACAACUUUGCUCCACCCUUUGGUCUGAUUCUCUACUACAUCUUCACUUUUAUCGUGAUCGUCUUGCUGCUGAACAUCCUCGUUGCUUUGUACAAUAGCGCCUACGAGGAUAUCACCGAACACUCCAUUGACGAAUACAUGGCUCUCUUCGCACAAAAGACCUGUCAGUUCGUGCGCGCCCCUGACGAGAACGUCUUUAUCGCUCCCUUCAAUCUCAUUGAAUUGGUAUUCUUGGUGAUCCCCUUUGAAUGGUGGAUGAACAAGGACACCUACGAGCGUCUCAACGACUACGUCAUGGCCACCAUCUACAGCCCUUUGCUCCUCGUCACCGCCGCACUGGAAACAAGAGUAGCCCACAAAGUGCAAUUCAACCGCAACAGAGGAGAAGUGGAUGAAGACACUAUCGAGGAGUGGGAGCAAAUGGACGGUGAAUUUGACUUUGAGGGCGAUGGCUGGGCUAAGAAGUGUGAGCAGACGAAACCUAACGUCGAGGUUGACGGAACGCUUGUGGAAGUCAAGGAGUUGAGAAAGGAGAUUGAAGAGUUGAAGGAGAUGUUGAAGAGUUUGAAGAACUGA